AAAUUCAAUGCAUUGACUUAAAUGUCUGGUGUAUAAGACGUGUAAACUAAGACCUUCAAUCGUUCUUAAGUGAGGUCGGUCGAGCCAGCACACACUGCGUGUCUCUUUAAGAGUUGCAGCAAGAGAAAGUUGUGAAUCACGUGUGCAGAGUCAGGUCAAAAAAAAGGGCUUGACAGAAGUUCUCUGAAGUUCUGCAAAGACUGAUACAUUUUCAAACGGAACUGGGGCUUAAAUAUUAAGUUCUCCCUCAACAGAUUAACAUUCAAAAAGAGAAAGUUUUCCUCGCGAAGAUAGGUAAACGUUAAUCUUUGACUGCAGCACAAUGGCCGGAACGCCUCAGCAAAUUAUGUCCGGAUUCAGGCUUGACCUGGGACCUUUGAAAGAACCUUUGGGAUUUAUACGAGUUUUAGAAUGGGUCUUCAGUAUAUUUGCAUUUGCUACCACUGGGGGAUACACUGGGACUACCAGCUUUACUGUGAAUUGUCAGAAGCCUGUCUCUGUCGAGGCUAAAUUUGCCUACCCUUUCAGGCUUCCAAGCUACGGGUACGACUUCCCAAACUGCAGCGACCCCGACAAGCCGAUGAAGAUGUUCCUCCAGAAUGACUACUCCUCCUCGGCAGAGUUCUUUGUGUGCAUCGGGGUUUUUGGGUUCCUCUACUGUACCGCCACCCUGGUGCUCUACCUCGGCUACCAGCACGUGUACCGGGAGACCUCACGGGGUCCUAUGAUCGACCUGGCUCUAACCGCGCUGUUCGCCUUCAUGUGGCUGGUGUCCUCUUCCGCCUGGGGCAAGGGUCUAACGGACGUCAAGUCGAUGACCAACCCUGACAACCUUGUGAAGACCAUUGACCACUGCACGAAAGACAUGUGCACCGCUGGCACAUUCCCCGCCAUGGGCCGCCUCAAUGCUUCUGUGAUUUCUGGAUUUCUCAACCUCAUCUUGUGGGGUAGUAACUGCUGGUUCAUUUACAAAGAGACCCCUUUCCACAAGCCAAACAACCCACCUGUCAGUGUGGGGGAGGAAACAGGACCGUAGUAACUAUAGAUGUUGUAAACCCUUCUCUCCAUCUCUCACGCACACACAGACACAAACACACACACACACACACACACACACACACACACAGAGGGGCUACAGUAGAAACACAUCAAGGAACCACAGUUUUUAACAAAUAUUUUCUAUACAACUGCAGUGCAGUUAGCUGAGUUUCAGCUCAAGAUACAGUGCUAGAGCAAACCUGGGGCCGAAGGGGAGGGGUGGGGUGCACAGUGACUGCACACUGAAUAAGGCAUCAGCUGAAAAUAAUGGCAAAAAGGUGCCACCAUUGUAAGACCCCACAUGAUCCGAUUAGUCUUUUUCCUAGAAUAUCAAGUUUAAUUUUAUGCUUUUCAGACCAAAGCUCUUCUUUGCAACUGUGUAUUAAAAGUAAACCUCUCAGUUACAGUGUAGUCUUCUAUUAAAUAUUCCUCCAAAAAUUAUCAUUUUAGUGCAUCUAAACACCGUACUUGGCAGACAGGCUUACUUUUUGGAAGUAUGGAUAAGGCGUUCUUUAUUUACUUUAUAAGAGAAAGUAAAUUUGAGAAGUAAUUUAAUGCAUUUAAAAUAAAAGCUGUUUGUAUCAAAGAAUGUCAUCACCAAAUAAUGAUGUCAUGUAAAUGUUUGAAUCAGCAUUGGUCUUUGAUUUCCUGCUCUAGUUUGUCACACAUCAAAUUGGAAAAAGAAUUCUAGUCAAAUUUUAGUUUUUAUUUUGGGUUUGUACAGAUGAAAUACAAAUUGCCUGCUUGUAUCUCAACACUAAAUUCCCUUCUCUUUUGUACUGUUUGGGAAAACAAAAAACAGCGGGAAAAAUACAUCUGUUGGGGAAACAUUAUUUAUAUAGAUGUUUUACACUGGUAAUUUAUCUGGUCAGUGAGGAAUCUAAAUUUCACGACUGGAUACUGUUUGUUUUUCUUAAAGAACUGUGCUUGAUUCUCCACUGCUCUGUUCCUGUGCUUGUUUCGGAUCACGCUCCAGUGCGUGAUGUUUGUGAGGAAGUGGCUGGAGACCAGCUGAUUUAAUGUUAUCCAGAGAUAAGGAAAUAAAAAAUGGCAAAGGGCAAACUCAAUGUGUGGAACUGGCUACUGGUGCCAAAAUGCUAAAUUUUACCUCAGUGCACACUUGUAGGGGGAGAAGAAGAGAGUUCUUAAUUUGUCUUUAUCAAUAAAAAAAAAUCUAAUUCUUAAUUUUUAAGUUCUUCACUUUAAUUCCAAUUAAGCAUUUGUUAAUUAUUUGCCACUAUUUACACAACACAGACCGGCACAUGAAAAAGAUUACAUAAAAGUGUUGCACUGAAGAAAUAACGGAACAAUUUUGUAAUAACUUAUUUAGAGAUUCAAAGUUAAAGACAAUGUGCGUUGUGGCGAAAGAUGUUGGUCUGGUAUCCUGCUGUAUUUUUUGAAUGUAAGAAAUAACUGGUGAAAAUGUUUUCCUUUUUUCUACAGUAAAUGUUGCAUCUUGUAAAGCUUUUAGUACCUUGUAUGCCUUAAAGUUGUCUUAAUAUGGAUUUAUUUUGGAACUUAUGAACAAUUUUAAGUAGUCUUGAAAAAAUUUUAAAAGAUUUUAAAAAAAGAACCAAGGGAACUUUUUUAUUUACCUUACACUGCAAGCAAGUGCAAUUUGGCUGACUUCACAUACAAUUAGGCUAAUUGAUCAUAAAGUGUAUUGUUCAUAUCUGGCUAAAUCUGUUGUAUUUUAUAUUUUGUCAUAGGCCUAUAGGUGAAGAUACCUAGUUGAUUGAAAUGUUUUAUUUUUGGCUUUGCACUUGUUAUAAGUAACAUUUUGUCUCACACAUGUCAAUGUAUCGCUUGACUGUUUAUAGUGAGCACUGUGCUAGUGAAGUCACUGACUGUAUCAUUCUGCUACCUGUAUUGCACUUAAUAAAAGGAAGGCAGGAGAUGCAGUUCACGCCA